AUGGAUGCUGCUCAUGCUUAUGGAGACAACGACAACAAGCCUCGAUUCGAUUGUGCGUUGGUAUUAGUCAUCGCCAUCGUCUUCCUUAUCACCGUCGGCAUUGUAGCCACCGUCGUCUGCGGCGUCGCCAAGGAGCUUGCAAUCAAUCCUGUAGACCCCACGUUCCAUCUCCAAUAUGCCACCGUGUCCCUCCUCAACUUGUCCGCCUCGGAAUUCACCACCACGUGGGACGUUACGCUCGUUGCGUCCAACCCCAACCACAAGCUCAACAUUUCCUACGACAGCCUGCAGGCCACCGUCUUCUACGGAACGGACCACAACGAAAGAGGCAGAGUCUUGCUCGCGACAAAGCCGGUGCCGCAUCCGCUAGAGUGUUCAACCACAAAGGCCAAUACCACUCUACGUUUCAAAAUCGAAACGGUGUCCGCGUACGUCGGUGAUGUCGUGGCCAGGGAAAUCUCGGACGGGAGAGCUCGUGGAAUGGUGAGGUUUGAGCUCAACAUGUUGGGCUGGUAUAAAUAUACCUCGUACAUGACAAAUGCCAGAAUGUUUCAGGCCUCGUUGAAACUGUUCAGGUUUGGAUUUUUGCCGGGUAAUUGGACCGGGUCACUGGCAGGAACGGGUCUGUCAAGUGAGCCUUAUCGGAUAAUUCCUAAGUAUUGUAUUAUAUAG